AUGGCGGAUCAACUCAACAUGAAUGGUCUCAACCUUAACGGUGGUGAACCUCGAUCAUAUAUUCCUCCCCACAUGCGAGGCAAGAUGGGUGGCCCUGCUCCAAGUGGUCCACCAGCAAACUUGAAUGGUAGUGCUUGGGCCCCUCAAGGUAAUGGUUACGCUAAUGGUCCACGCCCAGCUGGAGGUGAAUCUUGGGCUAACGCUCCUGAUUUCACCCCACGUGGAAACGGUGCACCACGAGGUGGAAACAACUGGAACCCAUCUGGUCCUCCAUCUUUCAACAAGAACGCUUAUGGAAACCCUGCAGCUGGUGCUGGCGGUCCUGGAGGUGCUGGAGGUGCUGGUGGCGCUGGUGGUGGUGGUGGUGGUCAAGCUCGUGGUGGUGGAGAUGGACAAUGGCGAGAUGGAAAACACAUUGCUGGACCUGCCAACGCUCGUUUAGAACGUGAACUCUUCGGUGUUGCCGACGAUCCAACCAAGCAACAAACCGGUAUCAACUUCGAAAAGUACGAUGAUAUCCCAGUUGAAGCAUCUGGUCAAGAUGUCCCAGAACCAGUCCUCAAGUUCACCAACCCACCUCUCGAUGAUCAUCUCAUCAAGAACAUUGAGUUGGCACAUUACAAAGUCCCAACCCCAGUUCAAAAAUACUCCAUCCCAAUUGUUAUGGGUGGACGUGAUUUGAUGGCUUGUGCUCAAACUGGUUCCGGAAAGACUGGUGGUUUCUUGUUCCCCAUUUUGUCUCAAGCAUUCCAAACUGGUCCAUCUCCUGUUCCAGCUAAUGCUGCAGGAAGCUUCGGACGCACUCGCAAGGCUUACCCAACUUCUUUGAUCCUCGCCCCAACUCGUGAGCUUGUUUCCCAAAUUUACGAUGAAUCCCGCAAAUUCGCCUACAGAUCCUGGGUUCGCCCUUGUGUCGUUUAUGGUGGUGCCGAUAUUGGUUCUCAACUUCGCCAAAUGGAACGUGGCUGUGAUCUCCUCGUUGCUACUCCAGGUCGUCUUGUUGAUUUGAUUGAGCGUGGCCGCAUUUCUCUCCAAAACAUCAAGUACUUGGUUCUUGAUGAGGCUGAUCGUAUGUUGGACAUGGGUUUCGAACCACAAAUUCGACGAAUUGUUGAGGGUGAGGACAUGCCAGGUGUUCAAAACCGUCAAACCCUCAUGUUUUCAGCCACCUUCCCUCGCGAUAUCCAAAUGCUUGCCCGUGAUUUCUUGAAGGAUUACGUUUUCUUGUCUGUUGGUCGUGUUGGUUCUACUUCUGAGAACAUUACUCAAAAGGUUGAAUACGUCGAGGACAUUGACAAGCGUUCCGUCCUUUUGGACAUCCUCCACACUCACGGUGCCGGUCUUACUCUCAUCUUCGUUGAGACUAAGCGUAUGGCCGAUUCCUUGUCAGACUUCUUGAUCAACCAAAACUUCCCCGCCACCUCUAUUCACGGUGAUCGUACUCAACGUGAGCGUGAACGUGCUCUUGAGAUGUUCAGAAAUGGCCGUUGCCCAAUUCUUGUCGCUACUGCUGUCGCAGCCAGAGGCAAUACUAACUUACUUCUGGGACUUGAUAUUCCCAAUGUAAAGCAUGUAGUCAACUACGACCUUCCCACCGACAUUGAUGACUAUGUUCAUCGUAUCGGUCGUACAGGUCGUGCUGGUAACACUGGUAUCUCGACUGCAUUCUUCAACCGUGGAAACCGUGGUGUCUGUCGCGAUCUUAUUGAACUCUUGAAGGAAGCCAACCAAGAGAUUCCAUCAUUCCUCGAGAACAUUGCUCGUGAAGGUGGUGGCUUUGGUGGUGGACGAGGAGGUCGAUCUGGUGGUCGUGGACGUGGUGGUGGAGCCAACCGUGAUUUCCGUAAGUUCGGCGGAGGUGGCGGUGGUGGAUUUAACGGAGGUGGUGGAUUCGGUGGACCUCCAGCCUCUGGUGGAUAUGGUGGUGGUGGUGGUGGCUUCGGUGGUCCACCUGCUCCAGCUAGCUACGGUCCUCCUCCAGGACAAUAUAAUGGUGGUGGUGGUUACGGUGGCGGCAAUGGUGGAGGCUAUGGCAAUCCAUCUGCUGGUGGUGGUGGCCAAAGCUGGUGGUAA